AGAAGCAGCUGUGUCGAGCUCUACUGCUUAGUAAACAAUCAUUCGGAUUCAUGCAGAAGACGUCUUUACAAACAAACAGGAAUACCUUCAUAUUUAAUAGCUGAAUCUGUCUUAUAUACAGUUGUAAAGAUGGAGUUUAUUAAAGUGGAAAUUGUGGACAUGAGUGAUCAAGAAGCAUGCAAAAUGCAGUAUGAGGAUGCCGAGGAGAAAAAAGACCUGAUGAAAGUCAAAGAGGAAAGUCAAGAACUGAAUGAAGUGGAGGAGAAACAUCAGUACCAGCAACCUGAUAAUGUCACAACUGGAGAAGAAUUAUUUAGUUGCUCACAGACUAAAAACAAUCUCUUAGAAAAAAGAACAGAAACCAAAAAUGCUUUCACAUGCUCUCAUUGUGGAAAGAGUUUUCUGCGUAAAGAAGCCCUCAGUAAUCACAAAAGAAUUCACACUGGAGAAAACCGUUUUACGUGCCAUCAUUGUGGAAAGAGUUUUCGGCGUAAAGGAUUCUUCAAUGAACACCUAAGAAUUCACACUGGAGAGAAGCCUUUCACAUGUGAUCAGUGUGGAAAGAGCUUCACACAUAAAGGAAACCUUAAGAGUCACAUAAAAAUUCACACUGGAGAGAAGCCGUUCACAUGCCCUCAGUGUGGAAAGAGUUUCAAAUGUAAUGGAAAACUUAAACAUCACUUAAGAAUUCACACUGGAGCGACGCCUUUCACAUGCCAUCAGUGCGGAAAGAUUUUCACACAAGCGGACAGUCUUAGAUAUCAUCUGCUUUCUCACGCAGGAGUAAAGCCAUUUAAAUGUGAUCAGUGUGUUAAAACAUUUAUUUUGGCAUCAUACCUAAAGAAACACAUGCAAGUUCAUGCAAAUGAGAGGCCUUACUUGUGUUCGCUUUGUGGAAAGAGUUUUUCACGGCUGGACUGUUUUAAAAUGCACCAUAAAGUACAUACUGGUGUGAAAGCUCAUGUGUGCUCUGAGUGUGGGAAUAGCUUUAGUAGAGCUAGUGACUUGGAACGGCACCGAAGAAUCCAUACUGGAGAAAAACCUUACAAGUGUUCACAAUGUGGAAAGAGUUUCAAUCAGUUAGGACACCUGAAAAUACACAUGAGAGUGCAUACUGGAGAGAAGCCAUACCACUGCAGUUUAUGUGGGAAGAGUUUCAGCACAUCAAGUGCUCUACUGAUUCAUAAGAAAAAGAAUUGUCCAAAGUUUGUAAAGAUGGAGUUUAUUAAAGUGGAAAUUGUGGACAUGAGUGAUCAAGAAGCAUGCAAAAUGCAGUAUGAGGAUGCCGAGGAGAAAAAAGACCUGAUGAAAGCCAAAGAGGAAAGUCAAGAACUGAAUGAAGUGGAGGAGAAACAUCAGUACCAGGAACCUGAUAAUGUCACAACUGGAGAAGAAUUAUUUAGUUGCUCACAGACUAAAAACAAUCUCUUAGAAAAAAGAACAGAAACCAAAAAUGCUUUCACAUGCUCUCAUUGUGGAAAGAGUUUUCUGCGUAAAGAAGCCCUCAGUAAUCACAAAAGAAUUCACACUGGAGAAAACCGUUUUACGUGCCAUCAUUGUGGAAAGAGUUUUCGGCGUAAAGGAUUCUUCAAUGAACACCUUAGAAUUCACACUGGAGAGAAGCCGUUCACAUGCCAUCAAUGUGGAAAGAGUUUCACACAUAAAGGUACCCUUAAGAGUCACAUUAGAAUUCACACUGGAGAGAAGCCGUUCACAUGUCAUCAGUGCGGAAAGAGUUUCACAGAGAAAGGAAAACUAAAGCUUCACUUAAGAAUUCACAAUGGAGCGACGCCUUUCACAUGCCAUCAGUGCGGAAAGAUUUUCACACAAGCGGACAGUCUUAGAUAUCAUCUGCUUUCUCACGCAGGAGUAAAGCCAUUUAAAUGUGAUCAAUGUAGUAAAACAUUUAUUUUGGCAUCAUACCUAAGAAGACACAUGCAAGUUCAUGCAAAUGAGAGGCCUUACUUGUGUUCGCUUUGUGGAAAGAGUUUUUCACGGCUGGACUGUUUUAAAAUGCACCAUAAAGUACAUACUGGUGUGAAAGCUCAUGUGUGCUCUGAGUGUGGGAAUAGCUUUAGUAGAGCUAGGGACUUGGAACGGCACAGAAGAAUCCAUACUGGAGAAAAACCUUACAAGUGUUCACAAUGUGGAAAGAGUUUCAAUCAGUUAGGACUCCUGAAAAUCCACGAGAGAGUGCAUACUGGAGAGAAGCCAUACCACUGCAGUUUAUGUGGGAAGAGUUUCACCCAAUCGGGUAAUCUACAGACUCAUCUAAAAAAGCGUUGUCCAAAGCAAAAUUCAUCUGCAGGUCCUAAGGUUUAAAAAAAAAAAAUGGUGUGAAGUUCAGAUAAAGCCAAAGAUGACAAUUCUUCCUUAAGAGCAGUUUUAUCUAUGAGGGUAAUUUGCUAAAAUACACUAAGUUAAAGUUUGUAACAGAAAUGCAUUUAUGUUUUAUUGAUUUCAUUCACCCUGAUAGCACGAUAACCCAGAUAUCUAUUUGUUGUUUGUGUUUACAUCUGGAAGAUGUAUUUUUAACAUUGUUUGCUCAUCUGCAAUAUGUUUAUAAGAAGUAUGUCAAUAUGUUUGUCUUGGAUGGCAAUAAGACAUUCAGCAGAUAUCUUUUAAACUUUUAUGAUUUAGAAUGGUUGUAAAUCUGAUCGUUUUAAGAUGUUUAGCAGAUGUUGAUUAGAUUAUGAUGCUUCCCAGAUGGAAAGAUCUGUACUGAUGAGCCAAAAAAUUAUGACCACCUGCCUAAUAUGCUAUUGGUCCUCCGUGUGCUGCCAAAACAGCGGCAACUCUACAAGACCCCUGAAGGUGUCAUGUGGAAUCUGGCACCCAGACAUUAGCAGCAGAUCCUUCGAAUCCUAAAAGUUGUGAGGUGGAGCUGCCGUGGAUCGGACUUGGUGGUCCAGCACAUCCCACAGAUGCUCAAUCGGAUUGAGAUCUGGGGAAUUUGGAGGCCAGGGCAAAUAUCAUGUUCCUCAAACCAUUCCCGAACAAUGUGUGCAGUGUGGCAGGGCACAUUAUACUUCUGAAAGAGGCCACUGCCAUCAGGGAAUACCAUUGCCAUUAAGGGGUGUACCUGGUGCGCAAUGAUGUUUAGGUAGGCUGCACGUGUCAUAUUGACAUCCACAUGAAUGACUGGACCCAGGGUUUCCUAGCAGAACAUUGCCCAGAGCAUCACACUCCCUCCACCAGAUUGUUGUCUUCCCACAGUGCAUCCUGGUGCCAUCACUUCCCCAGGUAAACGGCGCACACAUACACGGCCAUUAUGUUAAAGAAAACGGGACUCAUCGGACCAGGCGACCUUCUUCCACUGCUCCAAGGUCCAGUUCCAACGCUCGCGUGCCCAUUGAAGGCGCUUUCGACGGUGGACAUGGGUCAUCGUAGACACUUUGACCGAUCUGUGGCUAUGCAGCCCCAUAUGCAGCAGGGUGCAAUGCACUGUGUGUUAUGACACAUUCCUCCUGUAACCAUCAUUAACAUUUUCUGUGACUUGUGCCAAAGUUAACCUUCUGUCAGAUCGGACCAGACGGGAUAGUCUUCAUUGCCCUUGCACAUCGAUGAGCCUUGGCACCCAACACUCUGUCGGCGGUUUGUGGUUUGACCCUCCUCGGACCACUGUUGGUAGGUACUCACCGCUGCUGACCAGGAGCACCCCACAAACCUUGGCAUUUCAGAGAUGCUCUGACCCAGUUGUCUGGCCAUAACAAUUUGGCCCUUGUCAAAGUCGCUCAGGUCUUUAUUCCCGCAUUCAACAUAUUGACUACGAGAACUGAUUGUUCGCUUAACAUCUAUUCUACCCAGACCUUGACAUGUGGCCUUGUUAGGAGAUGAUCAAUGUUAUUUGCUUCACCUGUGAGUGGUCAUAAUGUUAUGGCUCUACAGUGUAAAUCUGACAUCUCGGUGAUGUAAAUGUGCUAUCUGGGCAAUGAGCACAGAGAACAAAUUACUUAUUUCAUUAGUUUUGAUCUGUGUCAGUUAUUGCCAAAUUUGACUUUUGCUUACAUUUAAAUAUAUUUUAUCGAUGAUUCAUCUUCAUACGCCGGCGAGUGUUAUGUUUGGGGUGGUGGUGGUGUAGUGGACUAAAGCACUGAACUGGUAAGCAGAAGGUUGUUGGUUCAAUCCCCACAGCUACCACCAUUGUGUCCUUGAGCAAGGCACUUAACUCCAGGUUGCUCCAGGGGGAUUGUCCCUGUAAUCAGGGCACUGUAAGUCACUUUGGAUAAAAGCAUCUGUCAAAUGCAUAAAUGUAAAUGUUUGACCCUUGAGCACACACACCUACCGGUACAUAAUCAAAAAAUCUCUCAUUCUAAAGAAAUAUUUAUUGUGUUGUUAUCUGGUCACAAUAUUACAAAACGUUGGUGAUGAUCCUGCUUGUAUGAAUGUAAGUGCUGCUUUCAGUGCAGCUGAAAUUACUGUCAACUCCUGAAGAAUACACAGAAAGAAACUGAGUCAAGCACACCUGCAAGUUUAACGACUAUUGUGUUUUACCCUGCAGUCAUUUUGGGAUGGACUUCAAAGAUAUUUAAUCGUUAAUCUUGCAGUUCAGUCACUACCCUCUUUUUUUUAGAAUCAGAAUGAGCUUUAUUGCCAAGUAUGCCUACACAUACAAGACACAUUUUUCCAGCUCUUUUCCUCACUCUGGAAGUAUACAGUUCUUGAAGGGAGGGCAAGGGGUAACCAAUAAUCCUCUCAGCAGUCUGAACUGUCCUUUGUAGUCUUCUGAUGUCCGAUUUCAUAGCUGAACCAAACCAGACUGUUAUUGAAGUGCAGAGGACAGACUCAAUGACUGCUGAGUAGAACUGUAUCAGCAGCACCUGGCAGGUUAAAAAUUAGUUUUAAAAUUGCUUACCAAAAAUGUACAUAACUUGAUCUCAAUUGAAUUGUAUUACACAUAGCUAACUAAUAUUGGCAUUAUGUUCAUGCUGUUUAGCCAGAGGGAGACUGGCUCCCACAGCUGAAUCUGGUUUCUCCAAGGUUUUUUUUUUUUCUCCACUAACUAACAUCUCAUGAAGUUUUUGUUCCUUGUCAGAGUCGUCUUUGGCUUGCUCAUCGGGUGCUUUUAAAGACAAAAACAUUAAGGCAUUUUUCAAUGAAACUGUUCACUGGGGUCUUGAAGACAUUUCACAAUAAAUAAAAUAAUAAUAAUUUAAGACAUUACAGAUGAUUUUCUGUAAAGCUGCUUUGAAACGUGUUUUGUGAAAAGGGCUUUACAAUUAAAAAUGACUUAUUUCUGUUGUCAUACAUUUACAAACUGUAUCUUUUCAAGCAUAGUUAAAGUUAGUUACACGUAAUUUAAAAAUAAACAGUAUUUUCCAUAUAACAAGUAACUAUGACUAAUGUUUACAUUUUUGUCUGUUGGCAUGAAUAAAGUCUGUGCUGCAUAAUAUUAUUUUGUGUCGUUUAUUGACAAACAGUAUAUAAUCUAUAUUGACUACUUAAUAUAUUAGAAUGCUUUAAAAAACUUUUUUAUUUUUUUUUAUUUGAACAACUGUAUUAUAAUUAUACAGUCUAGGUGUUAUGUAUUUAAUGUCGUCCUAUGUGCAUUUCCAGUUAAAUUGUAUCUGACUCGAUUUUGUUAGAAAAUUAAUUGACGUGUAAUGACAA